ACCAAAUAUGGGGGAAAAAAAAAAAGAAAAAAUAAUAAGAAAAAAAUGCAACAAAAAUGGGACAAACAACUCCCCCACACUAAGACCUUUUCGUCCCGAACAAAGAAAAGAAAAGAAAAGAAACAAAUGAGCAUGGACAUGGUUUCAAGUAAGACUAAUCUCAAACCAGUCAAUAAAGUCGAGAAGAAUUCCAAUGAUCAUAAUAGCACACCUCAAUUAUUAACUUGGUUACUUCGAAAAACAAAGACUCUCAAGUACGAAAAUAUAUCAUACGCCUCAGUCAGUCUCUUUCGCAAAUAUGAGAUAGGUACGCUCAAGCUGACCGGAUUAUCAUCCUCUUCUUCGGCCUCACACAUUUGCUUCAAAGUACGGGCUCGAGUAUCAAGCCUAAAAUGGGGGUCUUCGACUGGUGCCUCAAUUGUAUCGGUAUGUACUGUAAGGGUCUCCAUCUUCAUCCUCAGUCUAGCACAUCCGAGCUCAAUGUCCACAUCUCGAGUGGUCAGGGCAAAUAUACGAGUAAGGAUAAGGUCGAGCUUUUCAUCGUAUGACAAAACAGCCUCCCGAGAUUCAUCUCUAUGUAUAGACUCGCCUCGAGUGGCGGGCUCGGGAGUGACACUGUCAACUCGAUCCUCUAAAGCUUGCACGUGCUCCACAAGUUCCUCGAUUCUGGACUCAAGGUUGCUCUUACGGGUCGCCUGGGAUGCCAAAAUAGUGAGGACCUGGUCAAGCUUGGCAUUGUACUCUGAGGAAUCCUCGAGGGACUCACAUGACUGCUCAACAGGCCUAGAAUCCCACU